GCCACCCGAAGCAUCCAUUCCCUUUACUACGUAGAUUUCAGGUGCCCUUGCGCAUUCCAAUCAUUCAUCAUCGCCAAACCAUCUUCCUUGGCUUGAUUUGACGUCUUCCUUCUCAUUGUCCAUCAGAACCAUCGAAUCUAUCAUCUUUCCAGCAACUUGCACAUUCACAUACAACAAAAACAGCGACUGUACGGCCAAUACACACGCUGCCCGCCAUGAUUCUGCACCAAAUACUCAUGGCGGCCUCGGCUGCCGCCUUCCUCGUCGUUCCCGAGACCAUCGAUCACGGCGAGGAGGCCUUCAGCGCGCUCCCGUUCAACGCCGUCACCGGCGGCAUUCCCGUCCACGCCAUGAGCCAGAUGGUGGAUGUACCAUGCCGCGGCUGCAAAGGCGACCAAACCCACCUCAGCAUGGAGCUUGCCGUGGAGGACGGCACCCGGCUGACCAUGAACGGCUUUGAGCUCUAUCCCAGCACCGACCCGUGGCGCGGUGACCUGAUGGCCGCGGUGGUUGAGGGUGAACAGGAGGAGGAGCAGAAGCUUGGCUAUGCCUUGGCUGUCACCCCCAUGGGGCGUGAUGAUGAUCAAGCCCUGGAGGUCGUCAAGAUCUCCUUGAACAUCAUCGAGGUCGGGUUCCAAUUCAUCGACGACAUCCCCAAGAUCAACAUUAUGCUCAUCAAGGCCCGCAACAAUGAGAUCCUAUUGGGCGAUGUGCACAUGGAGGAGCAGAGUCGACCUGCUUGCGAGAGCAUGUUCUGCCAGGUCAAGCAGAGUAUCGAUAAGGCGUGGAAGGGUCUCAAGACUGGCUGCAGGAAGCACCACGGCCAUCACGGCCACCACGGCAAGCCUCACGCCCAAGUCGAUGGAGAGCAUCCCCGUCCUGGACGCCAUGGUCACCAUGCCCACGCCCACAACUGGCUUGGUCUGAUCAAGUUCGUUGCGAUCGACAUUGCACUCCCCGUCCUGACUUUAGUCGCUGUAGGCGUCGGUUUUGCACUUCUCUUCAUCGGCUUUUGCGGCUUCAUUGCGGUCAUCACGAACUUCCGUCGGAUCAUCCGCAAGUCUCCUGACUCCAAGGCUCGCCCUACCGAACCGGCUGCCGAGGAAGAGAAGACUGGUCUCAUGGAGGAGACCGAGGCCGACGACCAGGAGCCCCCGCCUCAGUACGAGGGCCGCCAAGGCCACAUUCAGCUGUAAUUCGUGUCGUGUGAUCGUAUGAGUGGUGACAUCAGUGUUUCUAGGCGAGGGUCAACCCGCAUCUCUUUUCCGUUUGCUGCGGUUC